AUGGCCACCAUCAGCAUCAACACCGGCGGAGGCAGCGGCUUCCUCUACAAUAACAGCUCUGGAACGGCCAGGCUGUGCGUCACGGCGGAGACAGGGGACUUUGACAAUGAGCUCUUGCGCAGCUGGCAGGAUGAGGGGUUCGAUAUUCUCUACGUGCCCUACGAGGGCGACGAUAAAGAGUACACGAUGCGGUUGCGGUCUGUCAGGGAGGGGUUGGGGGUGGGCGAGAACUACGCCGUGAUGGCCUUUGGAGAUGCAGCCUCCUUCUGUCUCGACUACUAUCUCAAACCCACCAAUGCGAACCGGCUGUGUGCGUUGAUCGCCUACUAUCCCACCAACAUCCCUGACACCCGCUCGCGCUUCUCCCCCCAGGUUCGCAUGGUCGUACACUUGGCUGGGUCGACCAUCGACGUGACGACAGUUCCAACGGCCCUGGGAUUACAGAUGAAACGGCGCCGCCAGACUCGCCAGCUUAAGCCGGGAAUCGGGAUCGGCGAGCGCCUGUACCUGGGUUAUCCGGCUUACACGUAUGAAUCUGUGCAGCCAGGCUUUGCAGAACACGAUCUGGAUGAGUACGAUCGGCUGGCAGCGGAGUUGGCCUGGAGUCGCAGCCUGCAUGUCUUGCGUAAAGCGUUCAAUAGGGACUUGGAUUUGGAAAAGAAAUGGGAGGAGCAUUUAGAGGGAAAAUUUUUCUCUUCCAAUAUCUCCGAGACAAUGGAUCCAUAUACCACCCACGUCACACCGACGGUGACCUGCACCCCGACACUGAGCGGGGGAAUAGGUGCGCAGGCCCUCCGCCGCUUCUACGAACAGCACUUCCUACGCCGAAUGCCGCCCUCGAUGCGCCUGCGGCUCAUCUCCCGCACGGUGGGCACCGACCGAGUCGUUGACGAGCUCUACGCCACCUUCGAGCACACGCACGAGAUCCCCUGGUUACUCCCUGGCGUGGCGCCGACGAACCGAAAAGUCGAAAUCAUUCUCGUCAGCAUUGCUGCGAUGAAGGCUGGGAGGCUCUACUCAGAGCAUAUCUACUGGGACCAAGCGUCUGUGCUGGUCCAGAUCGGUCUUUUGGACCCGAAACUCGUCCCGAAGUCUCAGUCGGAAGGAGAACGAGAGGAGGAUAAAGUCCACGACCGUUUACCUGUUGUCGGCCGGGAAGCAGCCCGUCGGAUUCUCCAUGAAGAUCCCGAACAGGGGGACGAAUUUCAUAACAGGCUGAUCAGACGGGCUGUUGCUAAGGCAAGGGGAAAGGGCAAAUUCACGUCCUCCGCCUCGACGGCCGCGUCUGUAGCUGACGAUUCAGCGGCGGAGGGGAAGAGUGAAGUAGAUAGUGUCUCCUCGCCUGUUGCGAAUGGCCGGUUCAAGGGGAAGAAGGGGAAAGGAAAGGUGGUGCAGAAGGCGAAGACGGAAGCUCGACCCAUCAAUGUGACGAGAGAAGAAGAAGAGGAGGACGAUGAAGGGAAAGAAAAAGACCAGAAUACCGAUGAUGAAAAGUACGGCAUCAGCCAUCAUAAUGGCAAGGCCGCGUCUAUUGAGGAUGGGGGCAGUGCCGAUGAGGGUGUCACAGUCUAG